GAUGCUUCUUAUAAGUGAUCCUCAACAGUAACACAUAACAAAACGAAAAGGUGCGUCGGCCGCGAUGAUUCGAGUGCUGAAUGUUUGCUUAAGAGUGUUUUGAAAUUCAUAAAAUUGUAUUUACAUGUGAAUUAAUAUUGAAAAAAGUGUGCCAAAAUAAACGAAGAAACAAAUUAAGUAAAUUCUCAUCAACUUAAUAGAAACAAAGUGUUUUAUCCUAACAAAAUGCCAAAACUAAAACGAGCAGCUAGUCCUUUUGAUGUUUUCGAUGAUGAUUUCGAUGAAGAUGAUGGUUCAAACAGUUCAAAAAAUGGCAAUCCACCAAUCCAGCGAAACGCCGCAAAUGCCCGCGAACGAGCACGCAUGCGAGUUUUGUCCAGUGCAUUUGGUCGCCUCAAAACAAAACUUCCAAACAUUCCUCCAGAUACAAAACUUUCCAAACUAGAUACCCUAAGACUAGCAACGAUUUACAUUAAACAAUUAAAAACUCUUGUCGAAGGUGGAUCAGAUGAAGCAAUGGAUGCUGAACCAGCUUUUAGAUUCCACCAAGCUCCACAAAGCAUGAUGAGUUGGCCUUUUACAUUUCAACAUAUCCAAACGAGCAGACAGUUGACUUCACAUUAUCCUCCUAUGGAAUGGACGCAACCGGAAAAAUUCUCCAACGAUAUUUACAGAAAUCACAAUAUCCUGUCGAAUAAUAAUAAUAACACAAUGCUGAUGAAUAAUAAUAUCAGCAAUGGUAGUGGCAACAACAAUAAUAACAUCAUGCAAAGCCACAGUAGUUGCCUAUUUGAUCAUCCCAAUCAUGGAAAUGUGAUUCAUUGAACCUUAAA